UUAAAGCAAAAAAAAAUAGAAACUAAUAAUAGUGCUAAAUUUGUAAAGCAGUUGUAGAUUAGAAAACAAUAAUUUAUUUAAACAUUGUAAAACGCAAGACGAGAGAGAAUGACGCAUACAAAAAACAAUUGGCUUUUAGCAAUUGUUGUUAUUUUACUGGCUUUAGAAUGGGAAGCAGUGACGAGUACUAGUGAAGCUGAUUAUAUGAAGCGGGAACACAGCUUGGUGCGUCCCUUUCAAGGGGUUGGUGUCAUACUGCCGCACUGGGACUUUUUGGGCAAUACAAUGGUAACUAGCAACUAUAUAAGACUGACGCCGGACUUGCAAUCCAAGAGCGGCGCACUGUGGAAUUACUCACCCGUUAUGAGUCGCAAUUGGGAGGUGCAUGUGGGGUUCAAAGUACAUGGCAAAGGCAAUGAACUGUUUGGCGAUGGAUUUGCCAUCUGGUAUACCAAAGAUCGCAUGCAAACAGGUGCAGUGUUUGGCAGCAAAGAUCAUUUCUCUGGACUGGCAAUAAUACUGGACACAUAUAGCAAUCACAAUGGACCACAUAAUCACCAACAUCCAUAUCUAAGCGCUAUGGUCAACAAUGGCACCUGGAGUUAUGAUCAUGAUCGGGAUGGCACCCACACACAGCUGUCGGGCUGCGAAGUACGUUUCCGCAAUGUGGACUAUGAAACCUAUGUAAGCAUACGCUAUGAAAACGAUGUGCUCUCUGUCUCGACGGAUUUGGAAAAUCGCAAUGAAUGGAAAAACUGUUUUGUGGUCAACAAUGUAGAGCUGCCCACAGGCUAUUAUUUCGGCUUGUCUGCUACAACCGGCGAUUUGUCCGAUAACCAUGACAUACACAGCUUUAAGUUCUUCGAUAUAGAUACAGACUACAAUCACGAUGAAGUCUUGCGUCGCAGCAAUAUUAUACCAAAUGCCAAAACUUUUGAGGCACCGCGGGAGCAUAAAGAGGAUCCCAAACCUGGCAUGUCCAAUGCCAAGAUCUUCUUUAUUCUCCUCUUUGUUGUGGUGGCCGCCGCAGCUGUAGCUAUAUUUGCAAUAUCAUAUUUCAAGGAUCGCAAUGCGAGGAAGCGUUUCUACUGAGCAAAAACCUCAAAAUAACCAAACUUAGGUUUAUUUUAUCAUCAACAACAAGAACACAUCAUGUUACGCGCUGCUGCUGAGAAGGAGUUCCGACUACUUGAUCCCCAUUGCGUUAGUUAACCCCUGCUUCCCUUUGAAGUAUUUUUAACUCUGGUUAGACACUCACACAGGACGAAAACACAAGUCAAACGGGCAAUUGUUAAAUAUAAGUGGAAAUUUAUUAACUGAACUAUAUAGGUAAAUUAAGUCCGUAUUAUUGAAAUGUGUAAUUACAUUAGAAAAGAAAUUUAAAAAGCGACCAAUGGGAGAUGUAUUUUUUAACACUUGGGCAUCAGGACAAACGCAAUGCCAAUCGAUGCUGCUGACUGGCUAAUUAUUCGCUAUUCGUGUAUUUAAUGUUUUAUUUUAUU